CUGUUAAUUCGUGGUUGCUAUAAAGGCGAACUGGGCGAUUCGGAGCCAUCACUGCCUUUAGUAGAUUUCAAGUGUGCAGUAGGUGAAGGUUUAUGCCAAACCAAAAAACCAUCAAUAAGUGGCAAACGGGGACGACCUUCUUAUGACCUGGAAAAUGCCAUUGAAUCAAAGAAAUUGGGAGGAUCUAUUGCUAUCAUGCCGGCCAGAGAUCUACGGCUGGAACAAAUAGAUCAUCUGCCUAUCUGUGGCACUAGACAGCGGUGUAAAGUACCAGAAUGUAAUGGUAGGUCACAUGUUGAGUGCCAUAAAUGUAGGGUAAACCUAUGCCUCAAUGACAAAAGAAAUCGUGUCAAACUAUUUUAUAAAACAUAA